AUGCAACAGUGCACAUCACCUUUAGGCUUUCUCGACCUUUCCAAUUUGGCAUCUCAGCGUCUUACCUAUCAGCGUCUUACCUAUCCUCACAAUGGCAGUUACGGAAUUUUCGGUCAAGGCCAACCACGGAGACUCUGUGCCCGACACGAGCGCCUCUCGAGAGCCAAUGUCUCAAGCGCAUUGGCUCCAGUCCAGGGUCAUAAGGCUGAAGACCGUGCUCGUUUGGGCAGGCUCUCCCAUAUGCGAUAUCAGCAUCCAGAUUUGGACGUAUUAUCCGAUUUCAUGCUAAAUUUCGGAACGGAGGUAGCAAAAAGAACCGAAAACGAAGUCUGGUUCCGAGGUUAUGGAGUCGAUCAGUAUGUUUAUUACGCAACCAAAGGACCGAAGAAGUUCUUAGGAGGAGUAUUCGCAGUUGAGUCGGAAGAGGAAUUCGAGAAGGCCUUGAAUGUACCAGGAGCAUCCCCAGUCCAAAAAUUAUCUGAAGCCCCGGGAGGAGGUCAGAUGGUGACUAUCGUGGAUCCAGACGGCUUUCCCUUCAAUAAGUUGAAGGCCAACUAUCCAAACGAGAAGCAGAGGCUUCGUCAGUUCAACCGCUUCCUAACUAGUGGAGCUGUCAGUGAUGAGCCUACGCGUGAGGUAUUAUGGAAGGAGUUUGAAAUGCCAUCGGACCAGAUUCUUCUCGUGGAGACGUUCUUUACUUAUCCCACCACCGAUUCAUUAGAAGACGAGUGGACGCGGCGCAACAAAGCUGUUGCUGCUGGAAUACAAUAUUGCAGCUUUCAGGAGGGUGGGCCUCUUCGGGGACGACGGAAGCGCUCUACGCCGUCCAAUAGUGACGAUGCAGUUCCCUCUCCGCCAGCUCGAAAGAUAAAGACCUAUACGCCGCCGACUACGUCGUGGGAGAAGGGACGUACCUCUGGCGGGAAACAUACCGAAUGCAGAGCAAACAUUCACAUGCUUCCAAUGCCCUAA